CGCAAGAAUGUGAUAGAGCCUCGACAGCCGCCAUUUUCUUUCUUUCUUAGCAGUUAGCUGAGAGGGUCUGUGGGAAGAAGGGGCCGUGGCUGCUGUAGUGUAACCAUGGCAGACUAUUCAACAGUGCCUCCACCGUCUUCUGGCUCAGCUGGUGGUGGGGGGGGCGGCGGGCGGGGUGGUGGCGGCGGCGGCGGCGGUGGUGGAGGAGUUAACGAUGCUUUCAAAGAUGCGCUGCAAAGAGCCCGACAGAUUGCAGCAAAAAUUGGAGGUGAUGCUGGUACCUCACUGAAUUCAAAUGACUAUGGUUAUGGGGGACAAAAAAGACCUUUAGAAGAUGGAGAUGGCUCUUGGACAAGUCCGAGCAGUACAACACACUGGGAGGGAAUGCCCUCUCCUUUUAAAGAUCAACCAGAUGCUAAGAAAGUUGCUCCUCAAAAUGACUCUUUUGGAACACAGUUACCACCGAUGCAUCAGCAGCAAAGCAGAUCCGUAAUGACAGAAGAAUACAAAGUUCCAGAUGGAAUGGUUGGAUUCAUAAUUGGCAGAGGAGGUGAACAGAUCUCACGCAUACAACAGGAAUCUGGAUGCAAAAUACAGAUAGCCCCUGACAGUGGAGGCCUUCCAGAAAGGUCUUGUAUGUUAACGGGAACACCUGAAUCUGUUCAAUCUGCAAAACGGUUACUGGACCAGAUUGUUGAAAAAGGAAGACCAGCUCCUGGCUUCCAUCAUGGUGAUGGACCAGGAAAUGCAGUUCAAGAAAUCAUGAUUCCAGCUAGCAAAGCAGGAUUAGUUAUUGGAAAAGGGGGAGAGACUAUUAAACAACUUCAGGAACGGGCUGGAGUUAAAAUGGUUAUGAUUCAAGAUGGUCCUCAGAACACUGGUGCUGACAAACCUCUUAGGAUUACAGGAGACCCAUACAAAGUUCAACAAGCCAAGGAGAUGGUGUUAGAGUUAAUUCGUGAUCAAGGUGGUUUCAGAGAAGUUCGAAAUGAGUAUGGAUCAAGGAUAGGAGGAAAUGAAGGGAUAGAUGUCCCUAUUCCAAGAUUUGCUGUUGGAAUUGUAAUAGGAAGAAAUGGAGAGAUGAUAAAAAAAAUACAAAAUGAUGCUGGUGUACGAAUUCAGUUUAAGCCAGAUGAUGGAACAACACCUGAUAGAAUAGCACAGAUAACAGGACCUCCAGACCGAUGUCAACAUGCUGCAGAAAUUAUUACAGACCUUCUUCGAAGUGUUCAGGCUGGUAAUCCUGGUGGACCUGGACCUGGUGGUCGAGGAAGAGGUAGAGGUCAAGGAAACUGGAACAUGGGACCACCUGGUGGACUACAGGAAUUUAAUUUCAUUGUGCCAACUGGAAAAACUGGAUUAAUAAUAGGAAAAGGAGGUGAAACCAUAAAAAGCAUAAGCCAACAGUCUGGUGCACGAAUAGAACUUCAAAGAAAUCCUCCACCUAAUGCAGAUCCUAAUAUGAAGUUAUUUACAAUUCGUGGCACUCCACAGCAGAUAGACUAUGCUCGGCAACUCAUAGAAGAAAAGAUUGGUGGCCCAGUAAAUCCUUUAGGGCCACCUGUACCCCAUGGGCCCCAUGGUGUCCCAGGUCCUCAUGGGCCUCCUGGGCCUCCUGGGCCUGGAACUCCAAUGGGACCAUACAACCCUGCACCUUAUAAUCCAGGACCACCUGGCCCAGCUCCUCAUGGCCCUCCAGCUCCAUAUGCUCCCCAGGGGUGGGGAAAUGCAUAUCCACAUUGGCAGCAACAGGCUCCUCCUGAUCCAGCUAAAGCAGGAACGGAUCCAAAUUCAGCAGCUUGGGCUGCUUAUUAUGCUCAUUAUUAUCAACAGCAAGCACAGCCGCCACCUGCAGCUCCAGCAGGUGCACCAGCUACAACCCAAACUAAUGGACAAGGAGAUCAGCAGAAUCCAGCUCCAGCGGGACAAGUUGAUUAUACCAAGGCUUGGGAAGAAUAUUACAAGAAAAUGGGUCAAGCUGUUCCUGCUCCUACUGGGGCUCCACCAGGUGGACAACCAGAUUAUAGUGCAGCCUGGGCUGAGUACUACAGACAGCAAGCUGCCUACUAUGCCCAGACAAGUCCCCAAGGAAUGCCACAACAUCCCCCAGCACCUCAGUGCCUUCCCAGACCUUCCACCUUAGGUUCUGCAAAAAGCAACAGUGCUGAAGAUGCUGCAAGCACCAAAUCAUAGCUCAUAAAAUCAGGUCCUGAGAUAGUUACCCAUAAAGAGGAAUCCUUUGAGUGUAUGCCAUUGGUGAGCCGAUGAGCAUGGACCAUAGAAGGGCUCAAUGUAGAAGGUAAAAUUGGCAAAUCAUAAUUGAGAAAUAUGAAAUGUAUUCCCUACAUAAUAUGGUAUAGGGUGUAAUGUACCUGCUUUUGAUCACUUUUGAUUUUAAAGUGCUAUUCACUUGAUUUUAAAUGUUCCAUGAACGUUUGUUAAAUUUCUUUCUUAAGUUACAUAGCUACUACACCACAUUUAUGUGUAUGUGUUUUUUAAUAGUCAAUGAUAGGUAUGUUAAGAUUGAUAAUAUAAAGGGGGCUCUUUGAACCUUAAGAGCCUGUCAAGUUUUGGCUAGUUGUAGACUGCAUUUUCAUAAAAGAAAAUCUAGAUUAAUGCCAAUAGAUACUGGGGCAUUGUUUCUAUCGUGAGAAUUUUUUUUAUUCAUUAUCAUAAGCCUUCACUGAUAGUAAGCAUUUUUUAAAUUAUGCUAAUCUUAACCUUGGGGAAAAAAAGGAAAGCAGAAAAGGUGAGCCAGAUGAUUUAAAUGCAGUGGAUGUUAGUAUUAGAAAUGUUUAGUGUAGAUUGGAAUUGAACUGAUUUAUUUAGCACUUAAAUGAAAAUUUGAUGAUACUUUUUUUUUUUCUAUCUUCUUAAUGUGGUCAUACCUAGAAUUCUGUGGGUCAGUGUUUCCAUUAGAAAUAAAUAUAGUUUUAUUUUUUAAUUAAUAGAAAUCAUUUUAAUACUAAAACUAGUGAUUUGGUAUACUAGUUGUUUAUAAACAUUGUAAAAUAUAUUCUUAAAUAUCUUAGUUAAUUCAUAAGGAUUGUUUUGGCUAGAAGUGGCAUAGUACCAUCAGAACGAAAUAGGAAAUAAUCAGAAGUAAUAGCAUUUGAUUUGUUUGAAUACUCUGCCAGUAGAACCAAUUCUACCUAGAAAGUUAUCUGCUGUCUUCAGUAAUGAUGUAGAAUUUGUUAAUCAGUGAGACUAUUUUUAUUUUCUGCAAAACCUGCCUCAUUUUAAAUACAUUUAACAGUAUUUGGUUAAAGAUCAUUUUAAUUCUAAAAAUAAACUUAUUUUUUUGUUUAGUCAUUUGAUUUUCCUUGCCACAAUUUAAAACUUGAGGAUUUUUUUUUAAUUGGUGCUUUUAAGAAACAAAUUCCAGGGUUGUUUUCUUCAGUGAUACCCCAAUAGAAACUCUUAAAUGUACUUGCGCAUAUAUAUAUAUUUUUUCUUAUGCAUGCUCGGUGCAUUUUCGUCCUGAGAAAAGUGUUCUCUACAGAAACUACCCGUGUGUAAAAAGAAGAUUGGCUUAAAAUGGCUACUGUGAUGGGAACAGUGUCUUAGGGAGAUGCAGCUUGGACUUGAG